AUGGAAUUAGAGAAAGCGCUUUUUAGGAUACAUGAGAGACUUUUAUCUCAGGAUCACAUUUAAUAGAUGGUCAAGAUUGUUAAAAUUACUUUUACAGUGCUUGGUCUUAUAAUGAUUAGCGUUUUCUUUUAUGCAAAUUCAGUUCACAGAAAUGUUGAGGGAUGUGUCGGAAAAGCAUAUAAUGGUUUUAGAGAUAAGUAUUUAGAAGGAGGAUAUCUUGCAAAUGACACAGUUAUUUUCAUAAAUAUUUGUAAUUAUGAUAAAACACUAUAGCCUGAGCCCAUGAGUCUAUAUAAUUAUACUUUCUAUGAUUCUCAAGUUUAAGGAGAUAGGGAAAAUGCAGCAGUUGAUGAAAAUAAUUAAAAUCCAAAUAAAAACGCAACAGAUCAAAAUAGUGGCAAUUCAAAUAUAAAUAACAAGUAAAACAACAAUACAUAAAAUAAUAAUAUGACUGAUAAGGCUGAUCUAAGCGAAUAACUCCCUUCUUACAUUUUUUCUAAAAGAAAACAACUGAAAAGCCAUUGCACAGAACAACCAAAACUGUAAGUGGAAUAAUCAGCUAUUUCUUAAACACUUUACUAUCCUAAAGAAUUAAGAGCUGUCAGAAAUAUAACAACUGCUGUAAUGUAUAUUGAACCCACUUGUUAUGCCUCUAAUUCCUUUUCUGAAAAAGUAGUCUAUUACAUUCUAGGUGUAGAGCCUAUCGUUAUUAACGAAAUAAUUACAAAUUUCAAGUAUUAAGACAUACACAUAAAGAAUAUUCUUACUGAUGAAUCUUGGUCCUGGACUGUUGCACAGAUUAUUUCAUAUAGCUAGGACUAUGCCCUCAACUACUUUUACUCUUUUAUUAGAAUAAAUCUUGGACUAUUUUACACUUCAGCUGUCUCCUCUUUGUAUAUUAAGAUUAGUAUAAUAUGUUCUCCUAUCUUUAUUCUUUUGAUUAUGUACUGUGUUAAGUGUUUAGGUAGUUAAGACAUUAACAUAAUGACAUUGAUUUAGACUUUUCCCUAUAUAGGCUUGUAUUUACACGCUUUAAGAGGAUAAAAGUCAGAUGAGCUUGUUAAAUCGUUUAUGAAAAUGAUGCUGGUUAUUUAUUUUGUUUAUUUAUCAGCUCUUUUUAUAGGUUCGCUAAUUUUAUUUCACAAGAGCAUCCCUAAAGGUUUAGAUGAAAAUUUUUUAGCUUUACUAGCUGUACUUGAAUUACUAAUUAUGCUUUUUGUUAGAACUAGAAGCAGCUUAAAAUGGUUUCCUAGAGUAUCAAUACUUCUGAUGUCUACCUUUCUCUUUUAUACAUAAAAUACAAUUUAUGGAUACUACAGCUCUUUACUAAAUACAAUUAUUUUCUUUAUUCUGGCAUUUUUCUGUUAUAUCUUAGAAGAAUUUGAAAUACCUGCAGUUUCAUGGAAUGAAUCAUACCAUUAUACUCCAUCCACCCAUCGUCCCCGCGUAUUAUAUUUCCCUAUUUUCAAUUUAGGCUGGUAUUAUGACUUACCUUAGCUUUGGACAAUGUUUUAUCCAAUGUAUGGAAGAGAACACUUCACUUAAGCUCAAUUGUCUCUAGUGGAUAGCAACUACAUUCUCUUGAAUUAAACUUUAGAUAAUGCAGAAAGAGGAAAUAAUAAUGAUUUAGGAAUGUUAAUGGACUUACAAUAAAACGCUAACAAUAAUUAAAACAAUAAUGCAAAUUAAAACGACUAAGCAGGUAAUGUUGAAAAUUAAAACUAAGCAAACAAUUAAGAUGGAUAGCCUGUAUAGGAUAUAGAAAUGUAAAAUAAUAACUUAAGUAAUUAAAGAUAGUAAGCAAAUAACCAAGGUAAUCAAGCCUUGUAAAACAAUUCCGAAGAGUUUUUUAGCGAAGAUAACCCAAAUAGAAGUAGAGAGUAGCAUUUAUUAGCUAGAGAAGAAAGAGCAUCUGAUAAUAUUUAAAGUAAUUCUAUCAACCCAAGUAGUGGAUUUUAUUAAGGUAGAGGGAUCAUGAUUGGUGGUGGUUAAACUGCAUCUUCAAGAUAAAAUGAAGGUUCGUAACAACGCAACCAAAAUAAUCCAUCUGAAUAUUAGAAAUUAGAGUGA